AUGCCUUUUUAUCAUCGAGUUUAUUGUUGGGUCCCUCGUAGUUGGCUGUCAGUUUCUUGGGAGGCGUUGCAAAAAGUGCUCGUUAAGGAAAUUUCUGAGUAUUACAUGAAGUAUGGAAGGGCUGAAGGAUCUGCAGUUCGCAUCAAUGGUACUACAGCAAGAUUACAACUCCAUAAUGAGACUUAUUGGAUGAGGGAUGACUUAGAUUUGCGAACAAUACCGAAUCUCAAGGACUAUUAUACAUUUCAGAUACCUUGUGUCCAUUGUAAUAGACUGUAA